GAUAUUAUGUAUCUUUUGUUAGAAUGCUAAAGAAGCAUUGUUAAAUCAUUAAUAAAAUAGUCAUUUCACUAAUAAAGCAAAACAUUGUAAUAAAGUAUUGGAACAUUAUUACAUUGUUAGAACUGUAAUAGUGGCAUUUACCCUAUUACUAUAUAACAGCUGAACUUUAUUAAUGUCUUGGAAAUAUUAAAAUCUCCUUAACUAUUAUCAUUUCAUUUAUAAUAUUUCAUUUAAUCUUCAAAGUUGCCUCAUUAAAGAGAAGAAAAAAAACAUGUACAGGAAUUGCAGGCCUCGUGUGACGUUGCAGCUCAUUUUUACUCUCGGAGUUCAGCCGGGGUUCAAGGGGGUUUGUAUUUGUAACUGACCUUGAAUCCCCCCCCCAUCCCCUCAUUAAAACUAAACUAAACUAAAUCUGACUUAACUCACAUGACUCCCGUUUGGUUCCUCCCCCAUUCACGUCUACUUGGGAGUGUGUUUUUCUCUGGUAGUGCUGGAGUCAGCAGAACAAUCUAAGUCUUGUCUUUUACAUACACUGCUAAUGUAGGUUACUGUGGCCACACACACUUUGAUUUGACAGCCAUAAACAAAAAGGUCAUUGAGGAGGACUUUAUCUUUAGCAAGUCAACUCAGGUGACAACAGAGGAAAUGGAUGUCAAAUGUAAAUACCCAAUUUAAGUACAAAUGAAUCUUAACCCCAAUCCUCUUUUAUCAGGGGUAUACAUGUGUUAAACUUUAAUAUAUCGCAUUGAAAAGCAGACAGAAAUCCAAUCUAACCUGCAAACCUAACACCAAAUUGCCUAAAGUCAUAGACUUUAAGUUCUAACAUCACAACAACAGAUUUUCCCACGAGUUUCUUUGAAAACAAACAGCACGUCCCCUUCUUCAAAAUGUUAUUGUUGAAAGAUUUAAAGGAGUUACGAGGCCAAAACGAGAUGUCAAAGAUCACAAAUAUGCUCUGGAAGCUGCAAAUGACUGUAAUCAUGAGGCGGUGAAAUUUAGCUGCAGCAUUACCUCGUCUAGAUCGGCCUGUUUCUCAAAGAAAAAUGAUAGUGUGAAGAGUCGGCACACUAAGCUGCCAAAAGCUCAACAGUAACCACAGGGCUGUAUUUUGCCACUCUGUACGUAUGUGGUAUCACAAGUUUUGUCGUCAAGUUUUUUUCUUCCACUUUCCUACACUCUCUGUAGGCGACAGUGUGACAAAACAAAAGCCCACCCACUCCAAAUAUUGCGAAAGCAAACACAGUAACCUUAAUGAAAAGCCAAGUCGGGAAAACACCCUGGGGCUUGAUAAAGUCAAGGUUGAACUUGUUGGUCUCGAUUGAAUAUUAACGGGAAGAGAUAUUUUAGCCAUUCAGCUAAAACAACCUCAGACUGAAGUGCAGAGUCAUUUCUAUCAACACUGUAGUGAUCUGAGCUCCACAGCUGAAGGGGAAGAAAAAAAGAGAAAACAGAUCUAGUUGGCCCGCGUAGAGGUUGGACUUUAAUCCCACAUAACAACAUUUGUGAGCUGACCUUAAGAGGAGUGCAGGAAGUCCCAGUGUGGCGUGUGCUAACUGCUCAAUGAGAAAGAAAUUUCCUAAUAGAGUAGUGUUAAGGCGGAACAGACUCAAACAGACACUGUUACUGCUUCUGGUUGGAAGAGGAAUCAUCCACGUCCACCUUUAAAUGCUCUUGUUAGUCUGAUUUAGUCUCACUUCAGGUUUAGUAAAUAUGAUGAUUUAACAUGUUUUACACGCUGAGCACAGUCGAUUUCCUACAACAAUAGUUGCCUGCUCUUAUUUGGACUUUUCCCACAAUGAGAGCUUUGAACCGUUGGUGUUGUGUUGACAAGAGGAAGUGUAAAGGGAAUUGGUUAGGGCACCUGCUUUGUGCAACCGAAGGACAGACUCAUGGUAACUUCCUCCUCGCCAUUUCAACCAACAGAAAAACGGCAUGUCGCUUACAAAACCUCCUCUUUUCUUUCAUAUCGAGCCACAGAGUUUAAUGAGAGAGUGCGUUUGGAGAAGCAUGACCGAUUUAGUGUCUGUAUCUGUGUUGACUGGUGCUUGGGGGGUAAAAGCUGAAGACAUUUGGAUCAUGACGACAGAAAGAAACAGCAAAGCCCUGAAGGUGAAGCAGGAAUGUGGCGAGAACGUGCCCAUCCUCUCAGACAGUGAGCUCAUGUCCCUCACGGUACGGGAGCUGAACCUCCACCUGCGCGGCAUGUCCCGCGAGGAGAUCCAGAAGCUGAAGCAGCGUCGCCGCACCUUGAAGAACCGGGGGUACGCCGCCAGUUGCCGGGUCAAACGGGUUUCCCAGCGCGAGGCCCUGGAGCAGCAGAAAAUGGAGCUUCAGAGGGAGGUGGAUAGACUCGGCGCAGAGAACGCCGGUAUGAGGAAAGAGCUGGAGGGCCUCGGCGCGCGCCUGGCUGCUCUCCAGAGAUUCGCCAGAGGUCUGGAGGCCGGAGGGGGCAACCUGCUGGCCACGGCGCCGCGUCUCAACACCGCCUCCGUCAUCACCAUCGUCAAGAGUCCACCACAGCCUCAGCCACAGAGAGAACACGAGCCGUCCUAGAAGGAGCUGCUGGGAACUGACUUGGGGAGGGAUGCACAACCUGCAAUGCAAACACACAUUCAUACACACACACCCGCAGGCAUACAUGUACUAUACACAUGCUAAAGAAUAGGAAGACAAAUAGGAAAAUUAGCAGGAAAAUACUAAAUCCUUGUUUUUGCGUCGAGCCCCGUUCACAUUGCGACGUGCGUCAUUCAGUCGUGUGUGUGACACGGCGCCGACAGUGUGGCGUGUGACAUCAUCACAACGACAACAGCUACGUUUAGUUUUCUAAAGCAACAGCUGAGAAUUCAUCCAGGACAAGUGGAGGGGUCCUCUACUUCAUGCUAUUUUUUUAUAAUGCUAUAGCUUAGCCGACUGAAAUUUACUCAAGUAGGUUUGUUGAGAAACCCAAGAGCUCAGUUAUGUUCAGAACAACGCAGCAUGUGUAUUGUGAGCGAGGCUUCGAGCACAGAUGUGUGCAGAAUCCUCACAACUCAAAACCGUCGACUGACUAAACCCACUGGACUGAAGCCGGAACAACCCAAACAAGAGUUACUGUACAUCUCCCACCACUCAACAAAUCCAGCCUGUGACGCCAGUGCUCUCUGAACGUGCUGCCGAACGACCAGCUUAAGCCUCUCCCCCGUUUUCAGUUUAUGGCACCUGACCAACAAGCAAAAAAAACGCCAGGGUGGAGCUGACGUAUGCCAUGCGCUGCUUCCUCUAGCUUGACAAACGUCUGCAUUCCUGGUACAGUUGUAGUCUGAAGCUAGCUAGUGUUUCCUCAUAAGCAGUCCAGGGUCAUGUGUUUCUGUUAGCAUGCAAGAGAAUGUUUCACAGUAUGAAUCACUUCGUCAUUAACGCAGAAUUUCUCAACCUCAGCGUCACUUGAUAUCCAGGCAGGGGCCACGGGGGAUUCCCCAGACUCCACACUCGCAUUCUGACAUUUCCUUCAUUCUUUAAAAAAAAUAACUAAAACACAGCAGUAUGCCACCUAACAACUCUCCUAGCGAUGAGGCCACGAGGAUUUUGGAAUCAAACGUUUUUACACACUCCAGAAAACAGGUUGAGAAACGCUGUGUUCAUGAAUUCAAAACUGUUCAUUAAGUGAAAUGUCUUAGUUUUGGGUUUUUCAGUCUCCCUUCCUGUUCUGGCCCUUGGUUUGAGGAGAAAGUUCCGUACUACUUGUGUACACAUUUCCCACAUUACUGCAGUGCCUUCAGUGUAUGUCGGAGUUAUAAUAAUGGAAACCUAAGAGAGAGAAGGUUGAAAAACAGACUGUAAUCGCUCCUUCUUACCUGUUCAUGAUCACCCAUUUCCUUUUUUUCUUUACAAUUCCUCCUUUUAAACCACCCACUACUCGUUUCACUAUCCCUAAUUUUGAUACAGUUUGCUGCGGCUUCCCUCCUUUUUCUAUAUCUGCUAGACUCCCAACAACAGAUGUUGGUCAUUUUGCCAAAAACGUGUCAAAGCGGAGUCGCAUCUGGUCGGUAUUACACACUCACAAACGAUGCAAAUCCUCUGCAAACAUUCCCGGUUUUGUGUUCUUAUUUGUAAUGUUUGUAUGUGCCGUUGAGAGACGAAAAUGUUGAGUGACAUUUAUCAGAGAUAUAUUCUAUAUUUUAUUUGUAUUUAAAGGUAGAUAUUAUUAAAAAGACAAGCUAACGAGUGCUGUGAUGUUCUGUUUUCGGACGUACUUAUGACUAGUCUGGGGAUAUUCUCAUGUCUAAUAAUUGUGUUGUGUGGCGACGGUGAUUACUUUGCGAAAUGUUAAUUAUUAGCUCAGUAGAAGUAUGCUCAAAGCCAAUGGCCAUAUUGCUGUAUGAUUUAUUUUUGUGUGUGUGUUUUUUGCCAUGUUUGUACUGGCGUGUCAUAGUGGAUUCUUGGAGGGAUAUUAUUUUUCUAUGAUGGUUUAUAUGUUAUUUGUGUGAGGAAAAAAAUUAAGGUCACUUCUGAAUUGGCCAGGGUGGGCAGAAACCCGGGAUGUUGGGAGGGAAGGCGUGGAGAGAAAGAUGGCGAAGGGGAGGAGACGAGAGAGGGCGGAGCUGUUGUUGGCUGAUGGAGAAAGAAAGUAGACUGAAGGAAAAGUCGGGCUGGGAAUGGAAGGCGGUGAGAGGUGGCGUUUGAUUCACUUGAAAACCUCUGUCGGUCGUCGGCCUGUUUGAGUCGAAUCGAGCUCAAACAGGCCUGGAUCUCAUAGAGUCUAGGCCACUGAAUAGUGCUAGCAAUAUCAUUUCUAAGCAGGCAUUGUAACACAUUAGACUGUGUUGACAAAUAACUCCUUUAAGAUAUGAGGCAUAUAUUUAGCUAUAUGAAUAUCAGUGUGGCAAAGCAUUUAUUCUCAAUAUUUUAAUGUCUCACAUCUGUCAACUUGUGCUGGAUGUUUUGUAAUACUUGCAAAACAAAAAUGGUCUUUGUAUUUAUUACCUGUAUUUUUUCUAUUGUGAAAAUUUAAGUACAUUGUCUAUUUUAAAUAUUAAUUAUAAUAAAUGUUGUACAUAUUGUACAUAAAAUGG